AUGUACCAGAAAAUCCAUAUUGAUAUAUUUUCUUUCUUUAUCGUCGUUUCCUUUUCGCUCGGUACCCUUCAUCGUCUCCCUCUUUUAAAAUUUAUUCGCUAUACCGUCACCCCCCCCAUUCUCCAUCAACCACUCACCUUCAUUUCCACCCAACUGCCUCAAUUCUUUCUUGUAUAUUUCCUGGAUUUUUUUUGUACAUUUCUUCCUUCUUCAGUUCUUUCUUGUACAUUUCGUGUUAUUAUUUUUUGUAAAUUGCCUCCUUCUUCAGUUCUUUCUUGUACAUUUCCUGGUUUUUCUUGUACAUUUCCUCUUUCUUCAGUUCUUUCUUGUAUAUUUCCUGGAUUUUCUUGUACAUUUCUUCCUUCUUCAGUUCUUUCUUAUAUAUUUCGUGUUUUUUUUUGUACAUUGCCUCGUUCUUCAGUUCUUUCUUGUACAUUUCCUGGUUUUUCUUGUACAUUUUCUCGUUCUUCUUCUUCUACUACUACUACAUUUCCUUCUUUUCCAUCAAAAUUUCCUUCUUCAUCUUCUCCUACAUUUCCUCGUUCCUUUUUCAACAUUUCCUCCUUCUUCUACAUUUCCUUCUUUUUCCUUCUACACUUCCUCCUUCUUCAGUUCUUUCUUGUACAUUUCCUUCUUCUUCUUCUACUACGACCAUUACUACAUUUCCUUCUACUUCUACAUUUCCUUCUUUUUCAACAUUUCUUUUUUCUUUGUUAUUGUCACAAUAUUUCGGCCGUUGUUACAGCUGGACAAUCUUUAUUCCUGUCAUAA